ACCUUGGUGUUGGGAAUUUAGUCGUAAUUCGAUUGUAGGCUACACGAGACGUUGUCAAUAUUCUCCUCUAAUUUCCUCGAUAUGAUUGCGAUAGUGCUAACACUUCUGGUAGCUCUGGUGACCACCAUCUACUAUUACUCAAUGGUCAAAUAUUCAUUCUGGAAAAAGCACAACAUACCGUACAUUGAGCCCCAUUUGCCGUACGGCAACAUUAAAGGUGUCGGACGAAUACUUCACUCGUCACAGUUGACCCAUACAUUUUACAAACAGCUGAAGGGAAGUGGUCCGUUCGCUGGUAUUUAUCUGUUCACAAAACCAGUUAUUCUGGCACUGGAUUUGGAAUUCGUCAAAACCAUUCUGAUCAAAGACUUCAACUAUUUCCAAGACCGUGGAUUGUAUUUCAAUGAACGGGACGAUCCGAUUUCGGCACAUUUGUUUUCCGUCGAUUUUGCCAGAUGGAAAGUGCUACGGGCGAAAUUGACGCCGACCUUUACGUCCGGACGCAUGAAAUUUAUGUUCCAAACGAUUGUUGAUGUGGCUGAUAAUUUUCAAAAAUGUUUGGCUGGCAUGGUCGAUGGCAAUGAAAAUUUCGAAUUGAAGGAUGUGCUGAGUCGCUUCACUACAGAUGUGAUAGGCACCUGUGCAUUCGGUAUCAAUUGUAAUUCGCUGACCGAUCCGAAUGCCGAAUUCCGAACAAUGGGGAAAAGAGUGUUCGACCAUGGUUCAACCAGUGGCAUGCUGAAACACUUUUUCAAAUCGGCGUUCAAGCAUCUGGCUAUCACCCUACGAAUGCGAGCCGUCGAGAAAGAUGUUUCCACCUUUUUCUUGGGCAUUGUUAAGGAAACGGUCGAGUACCGCGAGAAAAACAAUAUCAAACGGAGUGACUUUAUGGAUCUGUUGAUUCAGUUGAAAAAUCAUGGUACCCUGGAUGGGGCUGAUGUGGGUAAACUUUCGCUGAAUGAAAUCGCUGCUCAGGCUUUCGUCUUCUUUAUUGCCGGAUUUGAAACGGCCUCGACCACUUUGUCCUUCAUCCUGUACGAAUUGUCCAUCAACAAAGAUCUGCAAGAGCGUGCACGACAAGAGAUACACACGGUCUUAGCAAAGCACGAUGGGCAAUUCACGUACGAGGCAAUGAUGUCAAUGAAUUACUUAGGACAGUGCAUACAUGAAUCGCUACGAAAAUAUCCACCUGGCAAUCUGAUCCGAACAAAUGUGAAUAAAGAAUAUCCGAUACCCGGCACAGACAUUGUAAUGCCCAAAGAGUCAUUAGUCAUUGUCCCCGUGUAUGCCAUUCAUCAUGACACCGAUUACUAUACCAAUCCAGACGAAUACAAUCCGGACAGAUUUGAGCCCGAAGAAGUGAAAAAACGACAUCCCCAAACAUUUAUGCCAUUCGGCGACGGACCGCGCAAUUGUGCUGGCGUCCGAUUCGGAAUGAUGCAGAUAAGAAUUGGUCUGGUGACAUUGCUGAAAAAUUUCGAAUUCUCUCUGUGCGAUAGAACAAUCAGGCCGAUCCGAUUUGCACCGGGUAAUUUGGUAUUGUCAAUCGAACAUGAUUUGUGGUUGAAUGUUAAGAACAUUGCGAACUGAGACGAUUGGCGAAACGAUAUUUAUGUUGGGACGGUGCAUGGAAAAGGAGAUUGCUAGGGGCAAAUCAUUUUGGUUGAAAAAACUGUUCAACAGUUUCAAUUUGUGUAAUUGGCACUAGAUGAAUGUAAAGAGGACCUAUCAUUAAUUCCACUACAUUCCAUAAAAUCCACUUCCAUCGAUUCAUU